UGCAGCUGCUGUAAUCUGAAGUCUUCCGUCAGGAGUCCUGUGCAAUUUUGGAGGUUCUGUGUGUUCCAGUCAGACAGCCAAGAUGAUUAAGAAUCCAAUGGCCCUACUGGAGAAGGAGAACAAGGACGCUCCAAAUGUUCGGAUCCUGGUGAAAUCGAAAUCCGAGGCGUCGCAGGGAGCGCAGCGUGUGCUGAAGGCUCAGCCGUCCAACAGCAGCACAGGACAGAAACCUGCAGCCGCACAGCAGCCUGCAGGCUUGGCGGGCACCGGCGGGGACAGGAAAAUGAAAAGCUGGAAGCUGGAAGACUUUGACAUUGGUCGGCCGCUGGGGAAGGGGAAAUUUGGGAAUGUUUAUUUGGCAAGAGAGAAAAACUCCAAGUUUAUCGUAGCGUUGAAGGUGCUGUUUAAGUCUCAGCUGAUGAAGGCAGGUGUGGAGCAUCAGCUGCGACGCGAGAUAGAGAUCCAGUCCCACCUCAGACAUCCGCACAUCCUGCGUCUGUACGGUUAUUUCUACGACGACACGCGGGUUUACCUGAUCCUGGAGUACGCGCCGCGGGGGGAACUCUACAAGGAGCUGCAGAAGCAAGUCCGCUUCGACGAGAGAAGAUCUGCAACGUACAUAGCCCAGCUGGCAGAUGCGCUGAAGUACUGCCACUCGAAGAAGGUGAUCCACAGAGACAUCAAGCCGGAGAACCUGCUGCUGGGGCUGAAGGGAGACCUGAAGAUCGCAGACUUCGGCUGGUCUGUCCACGCACCUUCCUCCAGACGUGCGACGCUGUGCGGAACCCUUGACUACCUGCCUCCUGAGAUGAUAGAAGGGAAGAUGCACGACGAGAAGGUGGACCUGUGGAGUCUCGGCGUACUGUGCUACGAGUUUCUGGUGGGCAAACCGCCGUUCGAGGCAGAAGGACACAGCGAAACCUACAGAAGGAUUUCAAAGGUUGACCUGAGAUUCCCUCCGCACGUGACCUCCGGAGCCCGGGAUUUGAUAUCAAAGCUCCUGCGACACAACCCGAUGUUACGACUGCCGUUGGACAGCGUUCUCACCCACCCUUGGAUAAAGGACCACGCCGCUACCCAGGCCGAUUCCACGCCAGCGCACCCGACACACGCCCCCAAAACCAAGUCAUGAUCCACCCAAGUACACCCGAUACACGCCCAACACACCACCCAAACACACCCGACACACGCCCCAAUACACCACCCAAACGCACCCCACACACGCUUCACGCACCAAGUCAUAAUAGUAUAGCUGCUCAUACAAAUACUCUCAGCGGUAGUUUCUACCUUAACCACAUUGGUUUAGGCAGGAACUUGGGUUGGUGCAGAGGCAGAAAUUCCUGUUAUGGAAACUGUAAAAAAACAAAUCAUGGGUUCACCGGGGGACUUUCCUCACCACAUUGUAAAUUGAUGGAGAAUCCAAAGUUUAACAUUUGUGACUAGAGUACACUUGUGGAUAUUGUAGGGGAGCAUUCGGUUUACUGCUGCUCUAGUGGAUACUUAGCACUCUUAGUCUCAUGUACAAAUUAGGGAGUAGAAAGGGUAACAUAUCUGUAAGAAAAUCUAGCGAGGGAUUACCAUUUGUAACCAAACCUGUACAGUUCAAGUUUGAUCAGGAUUUGAUACUGCUGUACUAGAUUUAUAUUCAUAAGAUCAUUUUUGUCCCUCAGAUUUGUAUUAUCGGUAUAAGCUAUGGGAGUCUUUGCACAAUAUUUCUUCUACAAAUAGCAAUAACAUGAUCUAGGAUAGUUCCAAUCACUAAGAACCAUCUAAAUGAGACUCUUGCUCUACUGUCAGCUUUCUCCGUACUAAGGACCUCAGCCCAGGUCCCUUUAGUUUGAGUCUUCAGUCUGUGGCUUCCCUUCUUCCAGUAGUCCCAGAAAUAAUCUUACAUAGAGUUUGUAUGUGAUGGAAGAAAAUAUUUGCUUUUACAAUUUCAUUAAUUUCUGUGUUUUAUCAUUUUCCUUACAUUCCUAUCAUAGGUUUUUUACCAUUAUGUAUGUAUCAAUGAGAAUAAAGAUAUUGUCCUUUUA